AUGAAUCGGUCCUGCUUGGUUUGUCUGGUUCUUGUCUCACUGGUUUGGCAAUGUCCAGUGUUUUACAGCAGCCCAGUGACUAGGACUCCGGAUACAAGCUCUCAAAUUGAUGUGGACUGUCCUUCCAGCUGUGCGUUAGCAUUUCCUAACACUACAUCAACAACUAAGGACAUUGUGGAUCAGGACAUUGUGGAUCAGGACGGGCUAAACAUGACUUCAAGAAAACUGAAUCCAAAAUUUUAUGAAGCAACGCGGGCAGGCCAUGCCAUCCAACACUACAUCAACACCAUCUACGGCUCGCCAUUCAGGCUGUAUACAGUGACUCAAAUCCAUAAUGCAAGAACAGAGGACAUGGGCGAAUCUGGUAUGAAGUACUUCCUUGAAUUCUCUGUGAAGGACACUGUUGGCGAGAGUUCAGAAGGCCGGUGCUCAGCUGAGGUGCUCUACCCCAGAGGGGAGACGCAGCGUCCACCUCAGGUCCAGUGUUCUUGCGAUGGGCUACCUCGUCUCAACACCUCUAAUAAGGAGCAGGAAUUCUACCAGCAACACAGUGGCAAUAGCAAUGCUGUAACUGUAAACGAUUUACCAGACAGCCAAGGUCACAUGGAGCCUGAUAUGGUCCCUUUCUGGCACUUGGGACACUUGGCUGCUAGCUUUGUCAUGCUUAACGAGUCCAGUGAAAACACGCUUUACAACAUGGCUCAAGUGUCCAAGCUGAAACAGCUGAAGAGCGAAGAUGACCAGCUAAAUUUCGAGUAUGAGGUUCUCCUUCAUGAAAUGGUUUCCCAGGAGAUCAUCCGUUGGAAGCUGCUAAUCACCUGGUCUCCAGCAAAGAGUGUAAAAGUGUUAGAUAGUGUACUGCUGCCACGAUGCCGGUGCAACUAAAACCCUCAAGCUUUUCCAAAAUCACUAAUUAAAUUCAUAUCCACUUAUAUUGUCAUUUUCAACAAGAAAACAACAUUAUAGUAAAGUUGCUGCUUGAACGUUUUAAUAACCAGGAUUGAUGCUUUGAGUAAACACGCAAACGGGCUACUUCAAAUACUAUUAGUAUUGCAUCACUCCAACAUUAAACUGAGUAAUCUAUUGGUUGAAAGUGGCAGCUAGCAUUUAUAACAAACGACACAUGUGAAAUGAAGUGACCAAUGGAAAAUUAGCCUUUGAAGCAUUAGCUAUUUCCAAGCAAGAAUAAAUUGAAAAAAGCGAGAGACGCGAUUGAUGGGAAAUGCAAGUAGCUGUUUGUUCUACAGCUGUGUCUGGUGCUGGAAAGUGUAUUCAAUCACUUACGACUGAUUUGUAAUGUGUUACAGAACAUCUGACCUAAUGGCUAAUAAUCUUGUUUUUUGGUUAAAUGUAUAUUUUCUGUUUGACCAUUUGAAUUAGUUCUUUGCUAACAACUGCAGUAAACAACCACUAAAAGAAAACCCUUAUCUAUGUAUUAAAAAAAAAGCAAA